CUUCAGAAAGCAUGUGAUUUCCGUUUCUCAACUUCUUCACCUUGUGUGUGUGUGUGUUUUUUAUCCUUCUCUCUCUCCUUUUUCUUCCUUACGACUUCACUUUUCUGGCUAUCUGUGCUGUUGAGUAUUUUUCUUACUUGAUAUAUACUGAAGAGUCUACCUCCUUCCUUCUAUCCGCGGCUGUCAAUUCCACCCAUUGUCCUCCGUGUUCCUGGCGAUCGCCCAUAUGCUCCGCCGUCGCCUGGCCAAGGACGACAAUGUCCAAUCCUCUCCUACGGACUCGUCUCAGGAUGAAAGCAAAGUAGUCCCCGCUACACAAACUGCGACGCCACCCGAGAAACCGAAAAAAGAGUCAUUCGUGACGAAGCCGCGGAGUAAACGUCGCAAUGGUCUCAUCUUCGUGCUGGGCGGCCUCUUCGGAAUCCUCGUCGCCGCGUUUUUCGCUAAUCAGCAAGAUGUGAUCAGUCUCGAUGCGCUGAUGGAUCUGAACUUGGAUACGUUGAUGGACGUCAUACCGCAGGGCAUUGUGAAAGAUGUGAGGGAGUUCUCGGUAUGUCAACCCCUCUUUCCUUCAUGCAGGUGGUGAUCUAAUCUGAUUGUAUCCUGUCGGGUAGCAACAUGAGCGCGAUGCUGUCAGCUAUGAUUCCUUUUCCGUUGGUCUACAACUUCAAUCGCAAGGUAUUGAAGCCAAACAUCCCAUUGUCAUGAUCCCCGGCGUUAUCUCCACUGGGCUCGAGAGCUGGGGCACCGAGGUGUCGUCCCGCCAGUACUUCCGUCGGAGACUCUGGGGCAGUUGGAGUAUGAUGCGCGCUCUGGUCCUGGAUAAAGCCGAGUGGAAAAACCAUAUCAUGCUGGAUAAGGAUACCGGGUUGGACCCGCCCGGAAUCAAGCUACGAGCAGCACAGGGUUUUGACGCGACUGAUUUCUUCAUUACCGGCUACUGGAUCUGGAACAAGAUUCUCGAGAACCUCGCGACAAUCGGAUAUGAUCCGACGAAUGCUUUCACUGCCGCUUAUGAUUGGAGACUGUCAUAUCUGAACCUGGAGAUCCGUGACCAGUACUUCAGUCGGUUGAAGUCCUACAUCGAGACUGCCGUUCUCGUGAAAGGAGAAAAAGUGGCCCUAGCCUCGCACAGCAUGGGCUCGCAGGUGCUCUUCUAUUUCUUUAAAUGGGUUGAACAUCCGGAACAUGGUAAAGGAGGCAGUGAUUGGGUUAACAGACACAUCGCCUCCUGGAUCAACAUCAGUGGAUGUAUGCUGGGCGCCGUCAAGGGUCUGACGGCCGUCCUCUCGGGUGAAAUGAGGGAUACCGCUCAACUGAACGCCUUCGCCGUGUACGGCUUGGAAAAGUUCUUGUCCAAGGAGGAACGAGCUGAAAUCUUCCGGGCUAUGCCCGGCAUCUCGAGCAUGCUUCCCAAGGGCGGUGAAGCUGUAUGGGGCAAUGCAACUUGGGCUCCGGACGACCAGCCCGGCCAGCACACGAGCUACGGAAAUCUGCUAAAGUUCCAGCAGAGCAACUCGUCCCUGACGUCCAAGAAUCUCACAGUCUCCGAAAGUCUGGCGUAUCUCUUGAACACGAGCGACGAAUGGUACCGCAAUCAAGUCCAGACCAGCUACUCGCACGGAGUCGCACACACCACCGCGCAAGUCGAAGCAAACGAAAACGACCCUCGCACAUGGCUCAACCCCCUCGAGGCCCGUUUGCCAUUGGCCCCGGACAUGAAGAUCUACUGUUUCUACGGCGUCGGCAAACCAACCGAACGCAGCUACUACUACCAGGAGGAGCGUGAUCCCUUGGUCAACCUAAACGUCAGCAUCGACACCACGGUCACCAACAGCGACGGAGUCGACCACGGUGUCGUCAUGGGCGAAGGCGACGGUACCGUCAACCUUCUCAGCACAGGCUACAUGUGCGCCAAGGGAUGGAAUAUCAAACGGUACAACCCCGCCGGAGUCAAAAUCAAGGUCUUCGAAAUGCCCCACGAACCAGACAGGUUCUCACCACGCGGUGGUCCAAACACAGGUACAUAUAUCUCCAUUUCCACCCCCUACUACAUGACCCUACAUCACAUGCAACCAACACACAACAACAAACCGCCAUUCCCGAUUCUUGUAAACUCCAGCUAACGAUCAAAAAGGGGAUCACGUUGACAUCCUCG